AUGUUUGCGUUGAAAUGCAUCUGGGACAUUCGCGAGACAAAAUUUAUACGCAAACUAACCAACAGUCGAGCGGUUAAUAUUAAAGUGGCGGCCGACGAGCCCGGUCUGGACAACGACGUCCUGCGGGCACAAUAUGUCCGGUCGAUACCAAAUGCCCUGCGUUUUGACCACAUACUACUUCAGGGUUACCUUAUAUUCCCUCAAUUCCUGACCAAAAUAGACAGGUUUGAGGUGCGGGCGGACGACAUCUGGUUAGCCACGUAUCCCAAGUCGGGCACGACUUGGACUGAAGAGAUACUGUCCCUCAUAGACAACGGCGGAGAUGUGGACAAAGUUAAGGACAAACUGUUGCCAAAGCGUGUGAAGCACCUGGAAGUGGGUCUACCCGUCGCCCAUAACAAGUGGUUGAAAUCCAAAAAGGGUCGGCGACUCAUUGCCACCCAUUUGCCCGCCACUCAUAUUCCCGACCAAUUAAAGCGAUUCAAAUGCAAAUUGAUUUACGUGGUGCGUAACCCAAAGGACACGGCUGUCUCGUACUACCAUCAUCACAAAAUGAGCACAUUUCUAGGCAACUACAAGGGCUCGUGGGACGAGUUCAGCGAGUUGUUUGUCGGCGGACACCUGGUCUACGGUGAUUGGCUGCAACACGUGGAGGGCUUUUGGCGAUUACACCAACAAAACCCAACAAAAGUGCUGUUCAUUUCCUAUGAAGAGCUGAACACAGACUUACCCAAAAUGAUUGCACUGAUGGCCAACUUUAUGGGCCGCCGGCUGUCCGACGAGACCAUCGCUACGAUAGCCAAUCAUUGCUCGUUUGAGUCAAUGAAAGACAACAAAAUGGUUAAUCGCGAGAACUUUACUCUAAAGGGUUUGUUUGAUAUGAAAGAGAGCCGAUUCAUGAGGAGCGGUCAGAUCGGGCGCUGGACCGACACCUUUACCGCAGCCCAGAGCCAGACAUUUGAUAAUACAUAUGAGGAGAGACUCAAGAGUUUGGGCCUAAAUAUAUGCUAUGAUAGCGAAGCGGCCGUAAGACAUAUGGAGGCCAACGAUCGCGUUGUAUCGGACAAUGUUAUGUAG